AUGCCAAUGAGACCAACAUCCAUCCCACAUAUUGGGUUGAAGGCCCGCCAUUUCCCACCUUGCAACCAGAUCUUCAGGAGACACCACUCGACUAAGAAAGGAUUCCACAAUGCGGUCAUCACAAACCCGCCGCCUUCUGUUCAACCACCUCUGAGGAUGUCCUCGAUGGCAAGGCUGCCAACAAAGCUGGUCCUAAGAUCACUACUUCUGACAUCCCUCAUGUCGUCAAAGCUAUUUCUUAAGCCCGCCCUGGCUAUACUGAAUGUUGUCACGAACUCGAAAUCGGCCAUCCUCAACCCCGAUCGCAAUAGAAUGCUCAACAAGCUGCUUCGAUGGACAGUAUACAAUCACUUCUGUGCUGGCACGAACCGACAGGAGGUCUCGAAGACCGUGGCAGAAAUAAAGAAAAUUGGAUAUCAGGGUGUUAUCUUGGGCUAUUCGAAGGAGAUAGUGGUGGACCCAAACGAGAAGUUGGCGCACGAUGAGUCUGGAUCAGUAAACUACAGCUAUAAGUGUUAUGAUAUUGUGGAAGAAUGGAAACAGGGAACCUUGGAGACUCUCCGUAUGGUUGGUGCUGGUGACUAUCUGGCAGUCAAACUGACAGGAGCCGGUCCAAUUUCAAUCGAUGCAAUGGCUGAUAAAAGACCCAUGCCCGAAGUCUUGGCGAAGGCGAUGGAUGAAAUAUGUAUCGCUACUCAAGAGCAAGGGUCACGGUUAUGGCUGGACGCUGAGCAACAGGUUCUCCAACAAGGGCUUGACAAAUGGGCUAUUGAUAUUAUGCGUAAACAUAAUACUUCCGCCACCCCAUUAGUUUAUAACACCAUUCAGGGAUACUUGAAGGGAUCCAAGGCAAAUCUCGAUCAUCACCUCACUCUGGCUGCACAGCAGGGAUUUUCCGCAGGAAUCAAGCUGGUCAGAGGAGCGUAUAUCGAGCAUGAAACACGUUCCGUUAUUCACGAUACCAAAGAGGAAACAGACCAUUCUUACGAUCUUAUCGCUGACACGAUGCUCUGCCGACGCAUGCCAGAGGGGGUUGAUCUUCCCUUCCCAAAUGCGGCACUUUUCCUGGCAACCCACAAUGCUGCGAGUGCAGCCAAAGCAAUUUCAAAGCACCAAGAGCUUCUGCUCUCAAAGCAACCAACUAUACUACUUGAAUGUGGACAGAUCCAAGGCAUGGCAGAUGAGUUGAGCUGUGAGCUAGUAGAAAACUACGAGCGAGCUCUGAAAAACUCCACGGCGAGCAAUGUCUCGGUGCCAAAAGCUUUCAAGUGCAUGGCCUGGGGCUCGGUUGCGGAGUGUAUGCAAUAUCUUCAUCGACGGGCCAUUGAAAAUAAGGGCGCUGUUGAGAGAACCAAGCAUAUGGGGCUUGCACUAAGACAAGAGCUAUGGCGUCGGAUAGUUGGUUGA